AAAAUUUAUUGUUGGGCUGCUCGGAGAUACAAUGAUAUUUUAGAGCUUCCAUUGUGACGAUGUGUUGUUUUAAUCUCUAUGAAAUACGAGCGCGCAUGCGCACAGCUCAGACCGGCUCGAAACUCCCAUAUAAAUAGAUGAACAGCGAGGUUUAUGCUCAGUGCAGGUCUGUCAACGCGAUACGCGAGAUCAUCAAUUAACACGUAGUGCCCAGUCAAGGAGUCCCCAACUUGAAGCUCAAUCACAAUGAAAUUCUUGCUUUUGACCGUGUUCGUUUGCCUGGCUGUGUGCUUCAUGGCAACCAGUGCAGUGCCCGUGGAGGAGGCCAUACCCGAGGGCAUUGAGGGUCCCGGCAGCGAGCCUAUCAGCCCCACCGAUGAUCAGUCUUUCUUGUUGAAGCUGAAGCUGCUGAAGAAACUGCUCUUCCUGGGUUGAUUGCCGAGAUUAAAUGGACUUUUAGCAUAUUUUGUGUCUAGUUUUUAAGCUUGAUAUUAAACAAAAAAAAAAA